AGAGGCGGAACUGCUCACUGUAGCAGAGGAUUGGCUCUGUUCAGGUUCAGUGGUACAGUAUCUGAGACAGACAUGGGCUGUCAACGUUAGCUCCGGUGUAUUCGUUUGCGUUGCACUGGACCGCCUAGACGGAGAGUUCGUUUGUCACGUCGCAGUAGCUUUUUUUUUUUUAAAUCGGGCGAAAUGAUGAAUAGGUUCGUUUUGAUGCCAUACCGUGAAUGACCGGUACCGGCAGUUCAGCACAACUUGCCCGCCUCUCCUUGCUUAGUAGUACCGGUCGUCAUAGCAACGCGGCACGGUAGAGACCAGAACUGACCAAUCAGCUGCCGUACGUAUCGCCUUGGCUCGCUUGGAACCUCAGCGGAGGUGCUACGAAUAAAAAUUCCAGUAACACGUGCAGGUUGUUACGUUACAACUUAAGUGGCCCAAACUGCAGAUAAUAUGCAUUUCAUGCUGCUGUUCAGCCGGCAGGGGAAGCUGCGCCUGCAGAAGUGGUACACAGCCACAGCCGAGCGCGACAAAAAGAAGAUGGUCCGGGAGCUGAUGCAGAUAGUGCUCGCGCGCAAACCAAAGAUGUGCAGCUUCCUUGAAUGGAGGGACCUCAAGAUUGUCUAUAAAAGGUACGCCAGCCUGUAUUUCUGUUGUGCAAUUGAAGAGCAGGACAAUGAGCUGAUCACACUGGAAGUCAUCCACCGUUUUGUAGAGCUGCUGGAUAAGUACUUUGGCAGUGUGUGCGAGCUGGACAUCAUCUUUAACUUUGAGAAGGCCUACUUCAUUCUAGACGAGUUCCUGAUGGGAGGAGAGAUCCAGGACACGUCUAAGAAGAGCGUCCUCAAGGCCAUUGAACAAGCUGACCUACUGCAGGAGGAGGAUGAGUCGCCUCGGAGUGUGUUGGAGGAGAUGGGCCUGGCGUAGUACACAGCAGCGCUAUGAGAGACUAUAGAUCCUAAGGCAGAGGGCUGGAUGAGAGAGAGGGGGCGGGACAGAAGCUGGGAUUGAACGUGCUUGGACUGACAGAGAUGGUGCUGUUUAUCUGUGGCUUUGGGGACUGAUGUGCAGUGUAACACUGGAAAAAGACCGUCAGUUAAGAAUGGAAGAUCCUUGCAUCGACAGGCCCUUUAGCUGUGUGUGUGCGCGUGUGUGUGUGUGUGUGUGUGUGUGUGAGAUCUGAGCGCGGGGAAGAGGAAAUAGGAAACAUUUUAAACGUGUGUGUGUGUGUGUGUGUGGCUGUGUUCAGAUUUUUAAAGCAGUGAGUCCAGCUUUGCUUAUUAGAGUGCUAAGAGCCCACACUGAAUGCAGACAGAGUUGAGGUGGGGUGACAGUUUGACCGGUGCUUUGAUGCAAAGAGCUGGUUGAACAGGUCAUACCUUGUUUUGAAGUUUUUUCAGAUACUGACUAUUGACCGAGACUUGAAUAGGGAUAAGGGUAAUUAGAAAAAAAGUAGCUGGGCCUCACUUAAAUAAGUCUGUUAUUCUAUAUUUUUUUUGUAUUUUCAACGAUUCUUGCAAUUUUCAUGAAAAGGCUGAAGCUAACCGUAUGUUAGUCUUCUAAUACAGUGUGACUUCCCUACUGUCUGUGGCUCUCAGCCCUAAGUGCAUUGUUUCCUACUGAUGACAUAAAUAUUUUCAAAUAGGUCACGCACACAGCGGGGGGCCAACUGUUGAGUCCACUAGUCAGACGACUUGUACGUUGCACUUGUUUGAAUCUCUGAAAAUUGUACUUGAACUGGCAUGUAAUCCUAGCAUGAUCUGAGAGUGUUCCACGAAGCUUCUUUUAAUGUCACAAAAUGUACCCCUAUAGAUGUUGAAUGGGGUUGAGGUCAGGUGAUUGUGAAGGAAACUCCAUGACAGUCGGGACUUCUUGGUCUUCUGUGGUCUUCAGGUAGUUCUGGCAAUUGUCUGCAAUGUGGAACAUUGUCGAAUCCUGCUGGGAUAACAUGAGUCAUCGGGUUUUGCACAAACUUGCCGAGUGCAUGCCAGCUCAAGCGCAUCCUGUUGUUAAAUCAAAAGGGAGACAUAAAGAAAUCUGCGAUACUCUGAAAAUUCAAAAGAUUCAACUUUUCAAUCAGUUUCCUAAUGGACAUUCAAAAACAAAUGCAAAAUAGAAGAGUCAGACCUUUUUUUUCCCCUCCCAAAAAUAGUUUAAUUUUCAAAAACAGCUCAUUAAUCCAGUUUAACAGCUUGACUCAAACAGGAAGAAUUAAUGCAUUUGCUGGGAACAACGGAUUAAGUGCUGUAGUGAGUAUUUCAGGCAGCAGGAUUGAGUCAAAUCAUUUGAAGUGUGUGUGUGUGUUCAUGGUAAUGAAGAAACAAUCACUGCAACAGUGGCUUCUUUAUGUGUUUUAAUGCACACAUUUGGAGCUCUGUGGCACAGUGGAAUACAAUAUAUCAGUCUCUGGAUACACAAACAAUACUUAUUAUUAGGAUACGUUCAUUGUUGAUUGGCUCUGCACAUGAGAUUUGGCGACAAUCCAAAAAUAUAUAUUUCUAGAACAUAACUAUUACUCUGUGUUUAUUGAAACCUGUGUUGAUAGCAUUUGCCAUUAUUCCUAUUGGUUGUGUUCUUUAUAACAUAGCAAGAGAAACAGUGUGCAAUGUGAAAAACACAGUCCUCCACUGAAGUGUUGUUAUUUUCAAUAUCUGGACACACGUGAGUGCUCUUCUCACACAUUUUGGGUCACGACAGCGGAUGCUGUGUUCGGUCUGUUAUUCUCUUGUAUAAAGGGUAAUUUAAUCUAAUUACAAGUUAUUUUUGUAGUGUUGUCCCUCAUUCACACCACUUAUAAGAGCAUUGUUUAAACUGGGCAGUCAAACCAGGCCCCAAGCUUUACAACCCAGUCGCUAGAAUGAAUGUUGACAAAGUACAUCUCUGCAAAACCGCCAUUUAUUAAAACUUUGUGUUUCUUUAUGUUGCAUUGUUACAUUUCUGUAGCUUCAAUUUGAAAAAUAAACAGAUAAAUUAAAAAAAAAUAAAAAAUCACUCAUCACAAUCACGUGCUGAUGUCCUGCUAAGGUUAAGGCACUUCAUGCCCACUUAGAAAUGUUGAAUUGCUGUGCUUCAGUGUCAGAUAUAUUCAGCGGUUUCAUACAUAGAAAUGCAGAAACGCAGACUCAAACCACUGUCGCUGGUUUGGUCGCCUUGUUGCCUCAAAGGCUACCACAAUCACCUCAACCUCCUGACAUGACGGUCGUGUAAUAAACAUUUAACGUGGACGCGAUAUGGCAUGCAGCCCAUGACGCAAAUAUGAACAUACCCCGUCGUUUGCAGAAGAGUGAACUGCUAACAUUUUAUCCUGGUGACUGGGCCGCAGUGUGACAAUAUUGACAUGAUCUGCCACUUCAGAAGGAAAAAAAAAAAAAAACAUGCAACCACAACCACUGUCCAGUUGAAACAGGGAGCAGUUCAAUCUGGGCGAUAACUGAAACCUUCCUCUUUUAUUUUGUUUUGCAGUAAUGAUUUGAAUAUUGCGGUGUCUCUAAUGGCUUGUUUUGUUGCCUCAUGCAUUAAAGCAGGCAUUGAAUCCCCAGCUCUCGCAAAUAAAUAUGUAAGUAAAUUGUCAUCGUCAACGAAUAGGAUUGAGGGCUUUAACGAUGUUAGACAGAGGUUUGUUUUUUUCAUUUGUUUUCAGGUUCCACUCUCUAUGCGUGCUUGUACUUACUAAUCCUGAGGUGCUGUCUGAAACAUCUGUCGGGAUAUUUUAUCACUUGUUUGAAUUAGACUCGCUGUUUUAAGAAAUUCUAUUAAAUUUUUCUCACGAAGGCAGAGAGUGAUCGGCUCAUUAACCUAACGGGACAGGUGCGGUGUGAUGAACUGCAUUGUGAAUUGUGAGCGGUGAACCAAAGACGUUCGACAUUUACAUUACAACUUUAGACAUUUUGUUUGCACACGAGCCAUUCAUAUGUACUGUAAGUGGACUGAUGUGCCAGGCCGGGUGGAAAUGUCACGUCUGUAUUAUGCAAUUUCGACAGGGAAUCACACCCCACUUACUUUUCCUCCUGACAGCAGCACGUAAACACUUAGAUGGAACGAAAAUAAGCAGAGUUCGGCGUCCGAGUGGGAACGUGACAUUGUGCUGUUGGUACUGCAAACUGGUACUUCAUGUUAAAACUGGGCUGAAAUUUCAAGUUGAUUAGAAUAAACUGAAUUUUAGACAAGUACA